AAUUUAGUGAAAGAAUUUGUUUGAUAAGCAACUUAAUGAGGUAAAAUUAAUUAAUGAGAGUACACACACUUACUAAAAAGUGAUUAUUCCAUUUAUAGAACAAAAGAAACCAAAAGGAAUACAAUUUAAUUUUAGAAGGAAUUAAGAACAAGGCAAUAGCACGUGACACAAACUUGUACAAAGUAUACUUUUCCAACCUUGUUCAAUAGAAUUUUCUCCUUUCUCUCUCUCUUUAUAUAAAUGGUUGUAUAUAUGUAGCAUUCAGUGCUAUCACUGCUUUAACUGAGCUCAAUCACCACCCCCAGAUCUCAACCCCACCAGAAAAAAAAAAAAAACAUGAAAACAGAAAUUUUAAGUGAUGAUAUUCAUAAUAAUAGUGAUAAUAAUAACAUACAAGAUCAAGAAAGUGAAGAACUAAGAAGAGGGCCUUGGACACUUGAAGAAGAUAAUUUGCUCAUCCAUUAUGUUGCAUGUCAUGGUGAAGGUCGCUGGAAUUUGUUGGCUAAAUCAGCAGGAUUAAAAAGAACUGGGAAAAGCUGUAGAUUAAGAUGGCUUAAUUACUUGAAACCGGACAUUAAGCGCGGUAAUCUUAGUACACAAGAACAACUUUUAAUCCUUGAACUUCACUCAAAAUGGGGUAACAGAUGGUCAAAAAUAGCAGCACACUUGCCAGGAAGAACAGAUAACGAGAUAAAAAACUAUUGGCGAACGAGGGUGCAAAAACAGGCUAGACAACUCAAUAUGGAGUCUAAUAGCCAAAGUUUCAUGGAUGCAAUUAGGUGUUUUUACAUGCCUAGAUUGGUGCAGAAAAUCGAGCAGAAUUCGACUGAACAUACAACUCCGAAUGCUGAUCAUUGUGAUCACGUCGCGGCUUCUUCACACAUUAUACCAUCAUCAACCAAAUUAGAGGACAUGAACUUUGAUAGCACUAAAGAUACUUCAAGCUCAAACACCAGCCUUUCAAGUGUCCCGGAAUUUCAAGACCAACCAACUAAUAGUAAAGGCAGCUCCUCUGUUGUACUAGAUGAUAUCCAUUGUGUGAAUAGUUGUAACUAUGACAUGGACUUGGGUUCCGGCUGCCACAUGGAUGGAAACGAUUGGCUCGAUAAUGACAUGGCAGGGGAUGGCAUGUGGGAUUUGGAUGAGUUGUGGCAGUUUAGGAAGUACGAAAAAGAUGUGGGCAUCUAAACAUGAAAAAAAAUGAGCCCUUUUUCCAAAAUGAAUCAUAUCCAGCCCCCUUUUUUUGACAUAGGCUUCUGAUAAGUAUCUACUCCGUAUUAUGUACCUGCUAAAGUAUAUAUUCGUGUUUUGUACGUAAUAUUUAACGUUUCUUUUAGGUAAGAUACCCCUAAAGUAAGCUGGGUGAGAAUCGAACCUUAACCUCCCACUUGCAACUCGACAGCUUGGCCAACCGCUCCAAGCUGCUUCUCAACGGAACAUAUACCAAGUAUGUAUGUAAUAAGUAAGUUAAUAGUAAUAUAUAUAUAUGAUGUAAUGUAAUGUUGUUUUAGUUGUAGGUGCAGAAAUAAUCCAUUUUUAGUGUGGUAAAUUCUGUACCAAAAAAGUGUUGGUUAAGUUUAAAAUAAGUAUACUACUACAUCUUUUUCUCU